AUGUCCAUACCGUCGAAAUUGGAUACAUCUUGUCCACCACUUUCAACGAUAAAGUUGCCUAGGAUAUUGGCAUCGGUUCCACCAACCUUGAAACAUCCCGAGAUUUCAACGCCAACUACUUUGUCACACAACGCAUCAGCGUUUUCCGCUAUGAAUCAUGUUAACAAUUCUUACCAACAAGCUAUGCCCACAACAGAAACUGCUGGGAAAUCCUCACCAAAUAAACGUGGGCGGAAACCCUUAACCACAAUGCCGUCAGCUAAAAAGCACUAUCAGAACUUAAAAAAUCAACGAGCAUUUCGUCAACGUCGAGCAGAUUACGUUCAAGAGCUGGAAAGUAAAGCUUCGACAUAUGAAAGGUUAUACAAUGAACUUUUAAAAGAGAAUAAAAUUUUAAAAGAGAGAUUGGCAAUGUUAGAACGACGACAUUCAACUGAUUGUGAGGGAACUGAUAGAUGCACUAACGAACAAAAGGGUAACAAAAUAUCAACUAAUAAAAAAAGUACAAGUUCAUGUUGCAAUGUUGUCGAUACAACAAUAUAUACGGUCAAACGCAUUGAAGAUGAUCAAGUAGUUGAAGAUGUCGCGUCAUGUGACGAAAAAUCGACAGUACAGUCUACUAGAGCGUAUGUACAAACAUCAUACCAUAAACCUGAUGGCGUAUCAUAUAAUCCUUCAACAAACCAAAAUUUACCUUCAUUAACGCCAGACACCUUACCAUCCAUUAACUUUAAUGAACAACCACAAUUUCAGCAACUUGAAAAUCACACACCUGAAGAUUUUGUAAUGAAGGAGCCUCUCUUCUGUACCACGGAGGAAGGUGAUCUUUGUUAUUGUGAUCCUUCCAAAGAUUCAUCUAAAAGUGAUAGUGGGAAGAUUAUUAUUUCUAAAGAAUUUGUAUCACAAUAUGCAAAUUCAAUUCGUUCAACACAUCCCGGCACUACGAACCCAUUCAAUAAAUCUAACGAAUGGCAGCCGAAACAUGACUGUUGUGCACAAUCACUAUCACCUAUGUCUACUAACCCAUCAACGGCUGAUGAAAGUACUUUUACUCGAAACCAUCCUUUGGAUCUGAAUUGGAUAUUAGAUGCUCCGAGAGAACCAAGUUGCACUGCUAAAAUGUAA